CGAACGCCGCCGCUGCCUCGUGUUGCGCCUCGUCCCCACGCAGCUGUCACGAUUCCACCUUCCAAACUCCGGAGACCGCGCCAGCCGGCGAGCCAAUGCCUACGAGCCGCCGGCAGCAAGUUCGCCGUUCUUGCUUUCCCCAGCCGCCACCAGCGACUCCUUCCACCGAUCUCCCCCACCGAGCCAAGUAGUCAACCCACCUACCCCUCCUACCGCUCCCCCGCCCCGCCCCGCCGGGAUAUACAAAUGGAGCUCCGCCUCCGCCCCCCUGCGUCCCCCGCUUCCUCUUCCACGCGCGGCACGGUGGUAUCCCCAACGCUGCGUCGGCGAUCUUGCUCACUCCCUCAGAUUCAGAAACAAUUGGCAGGCGGCUCCAUCUCCGUCUCCAGACGAGGCGCUGCCGCAAGGAGCCCGUGUUCAACCCUGAUGGCGGCAGCAUACAACACAGGAACCGCGGACCUAGUCGACUUCAACUGGGACACUCUUGGAUUUCAGCCGGUGCCGACGGACUUUAUGUACAUAAUGAGUUGUUCGUCAGACGGGGUGUUCACCAACGGUGAAUUGGUCCCAUAUGGGCCAAUCCAGCUGAGCCCAGCUGCCGGGGUGUUAAACUAUGGCCAGGGAUUGCUCGAAGGUCUUAGAGCACAUAGAAAAGAGGAUGGUUCGGUUAUUCUUUUUCGCCCUGAGGAAAAUGCAUUGCGGAUGAGGAUAGGUGCAGAUCGGCUAUGCAUGCCUGCACCAAGUGUUGAGCAGUUCCUCUCAGGUGUCAAGCAAACUGUAUUGGCAAACAAGCGUUGGGUACCUCCAACUGGCAAAGGUUCUUUAUACAUCAGACCGCUGCUGAUUGGAAGUGGGGCAAUCCUAGGUGUCGCACCUGCCCCGCAGUACACAUUUGUCGUGUAUGUUUGCCCCGUUGGUCACUAUUUUAAGGAUGGCCUAUCUCCCAUUAGCUUAUUGACUGAGGAACAAUAUCACCGCGCUGCACCUGGUGGAACUGGUGAUAUCAAGACCAUUGGAAAUUAUGCUACGGUUGUUAGUGCUCAGAAAAGAGCCAAGGACAAAGGUCAUUCGGAUGUUCUUUACUUGGAUCCGGUGCAUAAAAAGUUUGUGGAAGAAGUUUCUUCCUGUAAUAUAUUCAUGGUGAAGGAUAAUGUUAUUAUUACCCCACUGUUGACGGGAACAAUUCUGCCUGGGAUCACAAGAAGAAGUAUAAUUGAAAUUGCUGGAAACCUUGGAUUUCAGGUUGAAGAACGCCUUAUUGAGAUAGAUGAGUUGCUUGAUGCUGAUGAAGUCUUUUGCACAGGGACUGCUGUUGUACUAUCACCUGUUGGCUGCAUAGUGUACCAUGGAAGAAGAGUGGAGUAUGGGAACGGCAAGGUCGGAGCUGUGUCCCAGCAACUAUAUUCGGCGCUUACAGCUAUUCAGAAGGGACUCGCAGAGGACAGUAUGGGAUGGAGCGUGCAACUGAGUUAGCAGCUUUAUCAUCUCGCUGAACUCGGUCCCAAACAGUCCUCUGUAUUAUAUCCAGCAGCAAACUAAUGCAAAUCACCAAAACUUUCUCACCAGGAAUUUCGCAGUGUGCAGAAUAGAAUAAAGCCUUGUGCAGAGAGCA